AACAGUUCACUUUACACAAACAGUUCGCUUUACACAAACAGUUCGCUUUACACAAACAGUUCGCUUUACACAAACAGUUCGCUUUACACAAACAGUUCGCUUUACACAAACAGUUCGCUUUACACAAACAGUUCACUUUACACAAACAGUUCAUUUUACACAAACAGUUUAUUUUACACAAACAGUUCGCUUUACACAAACAGUUCGCUUUACACAAACAGUUCGCUUUACACAAACAGUUCGCUUUACACAAACAGUUCACUUUACACAAACAGUUCACUUUACACAAACAGUUCACUUUACACAAACAGUUCACUUUACACAAACAGUUCACUUUACACAAACAGUUUAUUUUACACAAACAGUUCACUUUACACAUUCACUUUACACAGUUCACUUUACACAAACAGUUCACUUUACACAAACAGUUCGCUUUACACAAACAGUAAGCUUUACACAAACAGUAAGCUUUACACAAACAGUUCGCUUUACACAAACAGUUCGCUUUACACAAACAGUUCGCUUUACACAAACAGUUUGCUUUACACAAACAGUUCACUUUACACAAACAGUUCACUUUACACAAACAGUUCACUUUACACAAACAGUUCGCUUUACACAAACAGUUUA